AUGGAGGAAGACUUACCAGAAAACAUUGUUGAAAAUGAGAGUGGUAUUGAAGAUGUUAAUAGCAGUGACGAUAUUAAUAACUCUGUAUUUCCAGAGAUAAUGGAUAUAGAUAAUGAAGGUAUUUUGUGUGAUAGUGAUAUUAAUUUUAUGAAUAAUGAUGGGCAAAAUUUA